CCAGUACAUCCUGGAGUGAUGAAGUCGAGGACAUCUCCAGAUCAACAGUUUGCUCAGUUGUAAAUGACAAGUUUCAUCUAGAGAUACUGAGGCUUCUGCAUGCCAUCAAGAUGAAACAAGAACAACAUACGACCCAACUUGACACUCUGGUGUCAUUAGCUACAAACUCGGGAGUGGCCGUGCCCGAGACAGAUGAUGUGACUGAAGGCCCCUACAGCAGUUUGGAUGACUUCCUGAAGUUCGAUUCAUCCCUGACCUCCAGCACAACAAGAGGAAAAAUAAAGCGUUUCUGGUCAAGUUUUGGAGGAGCAACAGUCCACGACACAGCCACAAGGAUCCUGAGGCUGCUCUGCACAGAUAAUGUGGUCGCUAACUUUAGCUAUCAGGGUGCGAAAGGGAAGCUCAAGUUCUGCGAACUAGAGUCUUGGGCAGUGCUGCGAGAUGCUGUCAGGUCUAACAAGCGGCUGAAGGAAACAACAGACUUUGACAUCGAAAUGGUUGUCAAGUCUUGGCUUCGUCAUGCUAAAGAACGGGACCACAAGAGAACAAGGGAGGAGCCUUCAUGGUCUUGUCAACAAUGCAACUAACUAGUAACCUUUCCACCAUUAAGCUAAGACAAGUCUUGCAAGAUGAAUAGAAGGCUCAGCAGACAUCUACUACAUUGGCUUACAAGCUAGCUUUUUAUGUACCGCCUUUUGCGAACAAAUGUGUAUGGAUAGCAUUGAUAGGAGAACUGGAAAUAUGGUCGUCAAGCCCAAUCAGGAAAGCAAGCGCACAGUAUCAAAUUUGUAAAAGCGAUAAAAAUACACACGACGUACACAACGAAUUAAAAUUUUAACAACAGACAUUGACGUUUCGGAGCCUAUGCA